AGAAGAAAAAUGGCGUCUGCAGGCGACCCAGAGCGGGACACCGGCCAUUCACUUUGAGCUUUCCGCCCUAGAAUUGAGGCCGGGGCUUGGUGGGGACUCCCUGGGAAACAUCAUCACAAAUAUUGCCUUUUUUCUCCCCAGUUUUUCUCCGGCGUGCGGGGCUUAUUCGACCUCCGAGAUUGAAGCGGAACAGCAGAGACUCUCUCCUACAAUGAGAGGGAGAAGAGGAAGGCCGCCCAAACAAGCAGCCGCGAUGCGGGAAGGCUCACCCGGGACAGUCCGCGGCUCCCGGGGCGGCAGGAGUAGAGGGAUGCGUGGACGGGGACGGGGCAGGGGACGGGGCCGGGGCCGGGGGGGAAGUGGCGGAGUUUGCGGCACGGGCUCUGCGGAGGUUGACGCAGAAAUCUCCGGCCGAGAGAACUUUCAUUCGUCCCGGGGCCGCAGGAAAGUUGGAGCCUCCAUCGCGGCGGCGGCCGCGGCAUCGCGGGGCAGAGGAGGCAGGGGCAGAGGCAGGGGGUCGAGGGGCGGCCGCGGCAGCAGAGGCGGAGUGAGGCGGCCUCAGACCAAGGUGGUGUACGACGACAACAGCGACGAGGAGGAGGAUAAUUUAAGCUACAGGUCGGACGAAGACGAACUCCUGAACGACAACCCCUCGUCGGAUCUUGAAGAUGAGGAGGCCCUGGGAAACGACUCGGACUAUCUGGAGGAGCCGCCGGAUGAGGAUGAUGCCAGCUACUGCACCGAGAGCAGUUUCAGGAGCCACAGCACGCUCGGGAGCACCCCAGGCCGGAGAAGGAGCCGGGCAGCGCCACCACGGUCUCCCAUCCUUGAGGCAAAGGAUAUUCCUCCGUUGGAGCUUCCCAAGUCUUCUGAGGACCUCUUGAUUCCUACCUCGCAACUCCUCAACGUCUCUGCCGUCUACGAGGUCCUCCGCAACUUUGGAUCCGUGCUCCGACUCUCGCCAUUUCGCUUUGAGGACUUCUGUGCCGCUCUGGCCAGCCAGGAACAGUGUACGCUGCUGGCAGAGACCCACAUCUCCCUGCUCAAAGCUAUUCUCAGGGAGGAGGACACUUCCAACACCACAUUUGGUCCUGCUGAUGUGAAGGACUCCGUUAACUCUACUCUGUAUUUUGUGGAUGGCAUGACCUGGCCGGAGGUGGUGCGUGCGUACUGUGAGAGUGACCCGGAGUACCGGCACAUUCUUCCUUUUCAGGAAAGUGAGGAUUACCCGUAUGAACCAUUGGAGAGCAAAGUUAAAGUUCUUCAGUUUUUGGUGGACCAGUUCCUGGCGACCAACAUUGCCCGAGAGGAGCUAAUGUCAGAAGGGGUGGUCGCCUAUGACGACCACUGCAGGGUAUGCCAUCGUCUUGGCGACCUGCUGUGCUGCGAGACGUGUUCGGCCGUUUAUCAUCUGGAGUGUGUGAAGCCGCCGCUGCAGGAAGUGCCCGAGGAUGAGUGGCAGUGCGAAGUGUGCGUGGCACACAAGGUGCCCGGUGUGGUGGACUGCAUCCCGGAAGUGCAGAAGACCAGACCGUUUAUUCGACAGCUCCCGGUUGGUUAUGACCGACUCCACCGCAAAUACUGGUUCCUCAACCGCCGCAUUGUAGUUGAGGAGGAUGGUGAGCAGGAAGACAAAACCAUCUGGUACUACAGCACCAAGGUCCAGCUGGCAGAGCUCAUAGACAGCCUGGAUAAGGAGUACUGGGAGGCUGACCUAUAUGCAGCCUUGGAAGAGAUAAGGGAUGAGGUGCAUGCACAUAUGGACAUCUCUGAGGACCUAACCAACAAGGCCCGUGGUAGCAACAAGUGUUUCCUCGCCGCUGCCAAUGAGGAAAUCUUGGAGCGGCUGCGUAGCAAGAAAGAGGAGGAGCUGGAGGAGGUGAAAAGACGGGCUGCUGAGGAGGCCCAGAAAGCAGAGCUGGAGAAGGAGGAGGAGGAAGAGGCCAAGCUGAGGAGUGAGGUACAGGAUAGAGGAGAAGAGGAGAAGGCGACAAAAGAAGAAUCCAAGACAGAGAAAAAGGACAGCGUCAAAACUGAAGUCGUUGAAGCUCCACCCACUGACCAAGAAGGCAGUAGUGUCGCCUCAGAGGGACCUUUACCUACAGCAACCUCUGCUCCAACACAAACCUCCACCCUGAGCUCUAGUCUGGCCACUGAGCCUCCAAAGCAGCUGGCCCGCACCAUGGGAUGUUCCCAUACAGAGGUCUCAAACAGCAGCAAAGGAGAACACCAAUUAUCAGAUUCUGUCCCUGUAAGUGGAGAUGGCAUCCCCAGCCUGAGCCAGCCCUCCCAGACCGGUGAGGAGAACAGUAACAGCAGCAUGGGAGGUGGCGUCCCACCGAGGGGCCCUGAACCUCCAGACCUAGCAGACAAGUCCUCCCAGUCAUCCCUGGCAAGCCUUGAAGACACAGGGGACAAUAAAGACUUGGCCAAUGGUGAGGCAACAGGCCUCACUAUUAAGAAGUCUUCAGCCACUCGCAUGGUGACCCGACUGAGGAACCCAGACAGCAAACUGAGUCAGCUUAAGAACCAGCAGGUGGCAGCUGCUGUUCACGAAGCCAACAAGGGCUUCAAAGAGGGCAAAGAGGUACUAGUUGUCAAUGCUCAAGGUGACGUCACCCGUGUCAGCACGCGCAGCAGCAAAGAUGUUGUGAUGAAGGGCACUAGCCAGUACUUCAAGCUGGGCCAGGAGGGCAAGUACCGCGUCUACCAUAACCAGUACAGUGCCAAUGCCGUGGCCCUCAACAAGCAUCAACACAGAGAGGACCACGAUAAAAGGCGGCAUCUCUCCCAUAAAUUCUGCAUGACACCGGCUGGAGAAUUUAAGUGGAACGGUUCCAUUCACGGCUCUAAGGUUCUGACUAUCUCCACACUGAGACUCACCAUCAUUCAGCUGGAGAACAAUGUUCCAGCACCGUUCAUGCACCCUAACUGGGCCUCACACAGGGCCAACUGGAUCAAAGCAGUUCACAUGUGCAGUAAGGCCAGAGAGUUUGCACUGGCUCUGGCCAUCCUGGAGUGUGCCGUCAAACCUGUGGCUAUGCUGCCUCUAUGGAAGGACUCACUGGGCCAUACCAGGUUAAAUCGCAUGACAUCCAUGGAGCGUGAGGAGAAAGAGAAGGUGAAGAAGAGGGAGAAGAAGCUGGAGGAUGAAGAAACAAUGCAACAGGCCACCUGGGUCAAGUAUACAUUCCCAAUCAAACACCAGGUGUGGAAGCAGAAAGGAGAGGAGUAUCGCGUUACGGGCUAUGGGGGCUGGUGUUGGAUCAGUAAGACUUAUGUGCAGCGGUUUGUCCCUAGGCUUCCUGGCAACACCAACGCUAACUACCGCAAAGAACUCGAAGAUGCCAAACUCGGCAAGAAAAGCACUCUGCUGGAUUUGAGUCGACGGCCCAGUGUAACCACACCAGAAGCUCAGGGAAUUGUUGCCUCAAGCAGCGAAACAAAAGCUCAAGAAUCCUCCAGCGUCAGAGCAGACCACCUGACAGAGGAUUUGGAUAUGCAUAAGAGUGAGGAUGAGGAAAAGAAAGAAGUACUAGUUAAAGAAAACACCCAAGAAUUGCCUGUAGACGAAUCGGUAACAAAGAUGGAGGUGGACCCCACAGACUCACCAUCAGAUGAAGUGCAAAGGCCCAGUGUUCAGGAUGACAAGGCUUCCAUGAAGGAGGAGCCAACACGGGGCCUUGAGAGACCCUUCAACUACGAUGUAGUGGAUGUCAGCAAAGGCUUCCUCACCCGCAUUGCUUACAAGAAAAAGGUCAAGGCCUCCAAGUUAGACACCCUGCUGGAGCGCAGGGUGAAGCAGCACAUCAUUGAGGAGAAGCAGAGACUACAGGUGUCUGCCUGCAAAGUACAGACUCCCACACUGGUUUCAGCCACGUCACCCGCUGCUCUCACCACUCCAGUACGACCGCGGUCGCCACUCAGGCCCCAUGCCCUCGCUCAGACACAGCUGGUUAUGGGCAAGGCUGUUAAAACAGAGGAACAACCUUCGCUAUUACCCGCUCCAGGGUCAGGAGACGCUGCAGGGGCGAAUCAGGCUGAAUUCUCAAAAGCUACGAAUGAGAAUGCUGCCGCUCCUCUUUCCUCUGCAGACCUGGACUCCACCGCCAAAGACAGUUGCCUUGCAGGUACCUGUGGCGAUUCGGCUUCAUUACAAAACCAAACCACCUCACUGCCACAGGAAUUAGCGAAAGACUCCUUGGAAAGGACUAAGAGGCCACAAGAGACUAAUUCAGACAGUUGCUCAUUAGAGCAACACACAGCCAGAAUGCCAUCAGAUGGUUCCAAGGCUGCUCAUAUUGAAAAUAUGGGGUCUGAGACACCCAACUUGAAGCUGGAUCCUAUAAGGACAUCUCCAUGUGAUCGAAACACAUCCGCUCCCGAACCCCCUCAGCAUAACUCAGAAACUUUAAGCUCGAUGCAUUCCUGCCCUGAGGAAAAUGGCAUGGAGUCAAAUGGGAACCAAGAGCACGUGCAAGGUGAAACUCCCAAGUUAGUUCCUCCUCUCCAUGUAAACGGUAAUGAUGGUUUAGGGAGUGAACGCUUAUUGACUAACUCUGUAACAAGCUCAGAUAAUGGUGUGCUCUCUAACAGCCUCCAACUCAAAGUGAACAGCACUGGUAAAGUUGAUGAGCAAGGACAGGCGGGCAGUGUGCAGCCAAAGCCCUUAGUAAACGGAGACGUGGCCCCUUUAAAUGACAGCAUAGAGCUUGGGCUAAAGGAACCUUCGAAAACGGAGGUAGAGGGUAAAAUAUUAAAAAUGGACCAGGACUACAAACCUCCUGUGAAGAUAACAAGGCUGGACAACAACAUAGAUGCACUUGGAGCCAAAACUGAGAGCAAAAUACAGCACAACAACAAAUCAUUUCAGUUUGUGGAGAUGAAAUCUAAUCCUGUAGUUAAGAUCAUCCGAAUGGCUCCUUCCCCCAUACCAUCGGCAGAGGAGUCCAGUCUGAGCGAUGACUUUCCAGAGGACAAUAGCAACAGUGGGGCGACGGAACCGCCUAAGACCAUAGUCACCCAGAUAACCUCAACCGUCACUACCACAACAGUAGUUUCCACAGAGACGACAGUAGCUAACAUGCCUCAGAAAAUAAGUGGAGGCAUAGUUUCAACAAGCGAAAGCAGCACCAUGUCCACUUUUACAACCAUGACCAAAACUACUGUGACCAAAACCUCUCCCUCUGGGCCCAAUGGUCAGUCACAAGACAGGCAGGAUAAAACCGUGACCCAAGAACAAAAGACAACACUCUCAGCCCGUAUCUGUAAGUCCACAACGGAUACCAGCGGUAACACAUCUGUGAAAUCUGUUAGCGUGAGCCGCGAGAACUCGUCCACCAAGGGCCGCAUUCGUCUGCUCAAGUUCUCUCACACCAAGAAGACGCGCUCAGACACAGCUCUUCCUUCUUACUGCAAGUUUGUCACCAAGAGCAACCGUAAGAGCAUUUUUGUGCUGCCUCACGAUGACUUGAAGGUGCUGGCGAGGCGAGGCGGGCUCCGCGAGGUGCAGGUCUUCAGUUAUAAUGCCAAACCAGCCCAGGACAUCUGGCCCUAUCCUUCACCCAGGCCCACGUUUGGGAUCACCUGGAGAUAUCGUCUGCAAACUGUGAAGUCCCUAGCAGGGGUGAGCCUCAUGCUGAGGCUCCUGUGGGCCUGUCUGAGAUGGGACGACAUGGCGGUCAAACCGUCUUCUGCCGUUGGAACCACCCGUACAGCCCUAUCCCCACUCAUUGCUACAGAGACAUCGGAUACUGAAAUCACCACCACAGAGAUCAUCAAGCGUCGCGACGUGGGACCCUAUGGCCUUCGCUCAGAGUACUGCAUCCGCAAAAUCAUCUGCCCGCUCGGAGUGCCUGAGACUCCCAAAGAAACCCACACUCCUCAGAGGAAGGGGUUGCGCUCCAGUGCCUUGCGCCCCAAGAAACCUGAGCCUGCCAAGCAAACAGGGCCUGUGGUGAUUGAGACAUGGGUACCUGAGGAGGAGCUGGACCUCUGGGAGAUCAGAGCCUUCUCUGAAAGGGUGGAAAAAGAGAAGGCCCAGGCAGCAGAGCAGGCCAAGAAGCGUUUGGAGCAGAAACCAGGCUCAGUCACAGCUACUCCAGCAGGCACGCCCACAGCGCCUGUCUCCACACCCAAAGUCAUUGUUGGUUCACUGUCAGGCCAGGGAGCCGCUAACACCAAAGUGGUGCUGUCCACCAAGAUGGGGACCCCCGUUACAUUCCAGCAGAACAAGAACUUCCAGCAGUCUUUUGCAACUUGGGUCAAACAGGGUCAAGGCACGCAAGGCGCAGGGACAGAGACCACCGUGGCCACGUCUGGUGGACACACUUUACAGAUAACAGGAACCUCGGUGGGUGGGAAGGUAGUGACCACCAAGCUGCCGCUGCCCGCCAACAGUAAGAUCGUCACAGUCAACGUGCCAACUUCACAAGGAGGAGUGGUUCAGCAGAAAGUGUUGGGUAUCAUCCCGUCCACCACAGCGGGUGGCACCCAGACUUAUACCACAUUCCAACCCCGCACUACCACCCUUAACAUCAGGCCCAAUACCCCAGGUGCCCAGCAGCAGGUUCUGGCAGCUGGUCAGAUUCGUCCUAUGGCAGUGAUUCGGACCCCAAUCCAACAGUCAGGACCCAUGGGAAAGACUGUAAUUCGAACACCUCUUAUGGUUCAGCAAGGUCAGAGUGGACAGCAGGUAGUGACUCAGAUUAUCCGUGGCCAGGCAGUUUCCACAGCAAUAUCCGGCGCCAGUCCCGUCGCCACGGUAUCUGGCCAGGGAGCAGCCAGUCCUACCCCAGCUGGACAGGCCGCGGGCCAAACACCACCCGGCACCCCGCGGGCACAAGGACAAGGCCAGGUUAAGCUCACCCUGGCACAGCUCAGCCAGCUCACACAGAAGCAGCAGGCUGUGUCAGGCGUGGAUCGUCAGGCCGGCGUCGGUGGCACCCAGCAGCCUCUCACGGUGAUGGUUCAGGGCCAGGGCCAAACCACAGGUCAGCUGCAGAUCAUACCUCAGGGCGUCACGGUCAUCCCAGGACCUGGUCAGCAGCUCAUGCAGGCAGCAUUGCCCAAUGGUCAGGUGCAGCGCUUCCUCUUCACCCCACUGGCCCCAGCCGCUACGCCUACAUCAAGCACAGCAACCACUGUUCCUGGUCAGCCCAACGCCACCUCCACCAAAACCCCAGCCCAGCCUGCCCAACAGGCUGCCGCCCCCGUGCAGGCGGGGGCUCCGUCGUUGGCCGCCACGACUAGUCCCACUUCGGCCACCCCACAGGGCCAGUUGCCCCCACAGACGCAGGCGCACAUGCCCAUCCAGUCUCCCACAUCGCUGCAGGUGAAAACACAGGGAGGAACCGCCCAGCUGCAGCUGCAGCAGACGCCGCAGCUCAUCAGUAUGUCUGGAUUGCAGCAGCAGGUGCAGGUGUUGGCCCAGCUGCAGGCACAGCAGGGUGGAGGCUCUCUGCCACAGCACAUCAAACUCCAGCUCCCCAUCCAGAUACAACAGUCCGGGACCACCUCCGCUCAGGGAGGACAGAUUGGGAACGUGGUGACCAUUCAGACAGCUUCUGUCCAGGAGCAGCUGCAGAGGAUCCAACAGCUCAGAGAACAGCAACAGCAGAAGAAGAGGCAAGCUGCAGAGGCCAAGAGGGAGCAGGCCCUCAGCGCAGCCAGCCAGAGCGACAUCAUUCAGAAGCAGGUUGUGAUGAAACAGAACGCUGUGAUCGAACACCUGAAACAAAAGAAGACCAUGACGCCUGCAGAAAGAGAAGAGAACCAGAGAAUGAUCGUAUGCAACCAGGUGAUGAAGUACAUCCUGGACCGGAUCGACAAGGAUGAGAGGCAGGCAGCCAAGAAGAAGAAGAAGGAGGAAGUGGUGGAGGCAAAGAGGAGGUUGGCCAAUGCCAGCAAGCUCUCCUCGCUACUGUACCGGCACAAAGAGACCCUUAAGAUGGAGAUUCUGAAGAAGCGGGCACUUCUGGACAAAGAACUACAGCUAGAGGCUCAGGAGGAGCUGAAGAGGGAUCUGUUGCGAAUGAGGAGGGAGAAGGAGAGGGCUCAGGCCGCAGCCCUCCAAGCCGCCCAGGCCGCAGCCGCUGCAGCCCACAACCAGCAGCAACACACUCUAGCACACACACACGGCCCCGCUCACCUCACCACAGCCCUCGGCUCUGCACACAAGAGGAAACGGGACGAGGAGAGCGAGCCGGUGACAUCACCCAAAUCCAAGAAGAAGAAGAUGAUUUCUACAACAAGCACAAAGGAGAGCAAGAAGGACACAAAGCUCUACUGCGUCUGCAAGACGCCUUAUGAUGAGACCAAGUUCUACAUUGGCUGCGACCUGUGUACCAACUGGUAUCAUGGAGACUGUGUAGGUAUCACAGAAAAGGAGGCCAAGAAAAUGGACGACUACAUCUGUGUGGAGUGUAAGCGGGGCCAGGAGAGCAGCAACGAGGAGCUGUACUGCAUCUGCCAGACGCCCUACGAUGAGUCCCAGUUCUACAUUGGCUGCGAUCGGUGUCAGAACUGGUACCACGGCCGCUGUGUGGGGAUCCUGCAGAGCGAGGCCAACCACAUUGACGAAUACGUGUGUCCACAGUGUCAGUCGACGGAGGACGCCAUGACGGUGUUCACGCCGCUCACUGACAAGGACUAUGAGGGCCUUCGAAGAACCCUGCGCUCCUUACAGGCGCAUAAAAUGGCGUGGCCAUUCUUGGAGCCUGUGGACACCAAUGAUGCCCCCGACUACUACAGAGUCAUCAAGGAACCAAUGGACCUUUCCACCAUGGAGGAGAGGUUGCAGAAGCGCGAGUAUGUGAAGCUCACAGAGUUCGUAGCAGACAUGACCAAAAUCUUCGAUAAUUGCCGCUACUACAACCCCAGUGACUCGCCCUUCUACCAGUGUGCCGAGGUUCUGGAGAACUUCUUUGUCCAGAAGCUCAAAAGCUUCAAAGCCAGCAGGUCUCAUAACAACAAACUACAAUCAGCAGCCUCUUAGCUCCUUCCUAAAAAAAAAAACAAGUCAGAAAGACACUCAAGAAGCUGUGAGGUUUCCUUUGAAUAACUAAUCCCCUGUGGUCCAAGUGGGGCUGAUCCUGAGCCUUCUCUAGAGGGAGCCUGGUUUGGACUGGAGUCAAAGCACCCAGCAUCAAACACGGUGUUGCAAAGGAAAGAAGUGAACUGAAAGCCCAUCCGACCAGGCGCUUCUGCGUGGCCGCGGGUUUCAUCUCAUCUGCCUCUGCCUGUGCAGCUCCACCCUGAGAAGAUCCAGACGGGACAACAAGACGAUGAAGCUCAUGAGGUGACUUUGGAUCUUCAGAGAAGCUCAGAUCCACUGGCAGCAGCAGACUUCAUUCUAUAGCUGGCCUUCGUGUAGCCCAUGGAGCAAAGCAUCCCUGUCCCUCCACCUGUAUUUCACAUUUAGGUUCAUCCAUUCACAGGGUAAAAUUCAGCGUGACUGUGUAGUGAAACUGUAACCGUACAGUGUAGGACCUCAAUCGUCCUAUGUAACGACUGGAUGCGUGAAAGCUGCGUUAUGAUGAUCCUGUAGCUAUUAACUUAAUAGGAGUCUCAGUCAUGUUGUUGCUGCUGCAUAUGGGUGUAGACGGAACUUCAGUAGGUCAAGAGGUUGUCAUUUCAGGCCGUCCCACCCACCGCAUCCGAGUGGACGAUGCCGUCAGAGCUGUAAACUGGACGUAAUGUGUUCGGUCCACAGGGACGGGGAAGCGAGGCCCGAGUCUGUCCCGUCCGUCUGUGGCCCAGUAUCGACCGUACCCUUAUCUCGCAGCCACUUCUUCCAGCAUAUUUCAUUGAUGUUGACAGGUUGGCUCACAUAUGUCUCUCAACUCGCCCUCAACGCAUGGUUAAGUAAUUCGAUAAUGGGCUUUUCCACUCGGCAUCGACUCAGUUACGUUGUGGUCUGCGGCAGCAAGUCUGGCUGUAAGCGAUGGGCGGUGACUGGGAGUCUUUGUAUUGUUUGUACGAAACUUUUAUAGCAGCAUUUUUGGCAUAUUUGGGGACAUUUUUGUAAUCUGUAAUCUUUUUUUUGUAGUCAUAAAAUCAUAAAACGGAUAAAUUCAUAGUUUGGCCAACGUUUCAGUUUCAACUCGUCCUUUUCUUUAAGAGUUGAGAGAUAAUGUAGCUUCUGUCGUCGUUCCUGUGUCUGUGUCAUCCAAUGUUUGUAAUCUCUUGUAAAAUAUUGCUGUUCAUAUAUAUGUAGAGAUAAAAGAUUUGUAGAGUAGUAGAAACUUUUAUUUUUACUCUUUGAACCAGCAACUAAGCCCGUCUGUAUAUUUUAACCGUCUAUUUUUCCUCUUUCAUUUAGGUGAAAUUACCCUUUAUAUUAAAAGCGCUGCAUAUUGUGGGCAUAACGGAUUUGAACGGGGUAGAGUGGCACCACAACUCUUGUAAAAAGUUUUUUUUUCUUGAAAACAAAAAACAGGUUCAGCAUAACUUUGACACUGCAUUUCUUGUAUAAUUUAUUCAUAUCAAGGAAAAGUUCUCAGUUUUUUGAGUAAUGUUGAAUAAAUGUAACUCCAGAUUUAAACAAAAAGUGCUCUAUGUUUUUAACCAGUUGUGGCAACUCUGAAGAGAUUCUCUUUUGUACUUGAUAGGACAUUUCAUCCUAGCUAAUAAAGUAAUGUUUUUGACACCA